UGCCGUUCAACGGGGCAUGGUAGUAGGUGCCAGGGGUACCAGUUUGUGUCAAGAACUGCAACGCUGCUGUUUUUUUUACGCUUCAAAGUCUCCCUCCCGUGUGUAUCAAGAAUGGUCCACCACUCAAAAGACAAUUUGACACAACUGUGGGACUGUCCUCAUAUACACAUUAUGACAUAAUAAAGAGCUUCAUCUUUCAUGAAAUAAAGACAUAGAAGCAUACCCAAUUAUACAGGUUCUACACAUUCCAUUUCUCCAUGGCAAUAGAAUGUAAACAUUCUAUUUUGCACCAAACAUCGCCUACAACUCAAUUCUAAGUGCAGCAUAUUGGACGACAACACAGUCAUUGAUCAUUUGCAACUUUAAGUCAUUUCUGUUAUCUCUAGAGCAUCCCGUAUAUCUAUAGCGCUGCAUUUCUUCCCCAUCUUUCCAUGGAUAGGGUUUGGUGCAUUCCGGAGUUCACUUAUGGUCCCACAAAGGAAUUCUGUAGAAGCAGCCUUUAUUUUCAGACUCUGCAGGCCUGCUGGGAGGAAACAUAUUACAAUAAACAGAAGAAGGUCAUGGUCCAUUAUCUGCUGCUCCAGAGUCAAGGCCAGGUCCCGCCCCAUGUCACCACGGAGCACAUGAGCAACUGGCUGGUGUCUCAGGGCAAAAAAUCCCUUAGGGAGAGGGUGUGGAAGGAAACCCUGGAGGAGGGAAACGACCUCGCUCGGCUGGCCUGGGAAGUAAACACUUGCCUAAAAAUGAUGGACAUAGAGCACGAGGCUUUCUGCAAGCUCCGCCGCUCCAUGCAUUCCACCUCGCCAGCUGACAUCGAUCCUAAAGUCCACAGCAUCGUGGAGAGAGCUGUGAGGAGCAUUCUGGGCGUGCAGUCCAAUGAGCCCCGUAGCAACCUGCUCAGCCCAUCUCAGGUGGUGGUGGAGGUGGUGCCCAGGCUCCUCCUGGCCCUGUGGCUUCAACCAGAGGAAGGCCAUUCAGAGCACCCAAUCCUAAUAAGCGGGAUGGCCGUGGGCAUGGUGGCGGCCGUAGUGGAGAAGCUCUCCUGCAUGUUAAAGGACCCUUCCCCACACAUCCCUUUCUCUCGGGCUGCUGCUUUUGACUCUGUGCGGUCGAUCCUCGGGAGAAUCAGUCAGUCCUUCUCCACCGAUGACCUCCAGAGCCCUUUUUAUAUGAGCUCUGUCUGUGCCUUUGUGGCGAACGAGGUUCAGAGCCGCUUCCAGCCCCCUGCAUCCACCCUACCAGUCCCCCCUGUCCUCCCGGGGGCUUUCUCCACUACACGACCAGCUGACAUCCAAGCAGACCCAGCGUCUUCCCACCUGAAUGUUGUGGACAUCACCACUAACACAGAGGCAGAUCCGGCUUCUUUCCACCUGGAGAUUGUGAAAGUCACCCCUAACACAGAGGCAGACCCGGCUUGUUCCCACCUGGAGGUUGUGGACAUCACCCCAAAAACAGACGCAGACCCGGCUUGUUCCCACCUGGAGGUUGUGGACAUCACCCCAAAAACAGAGGCAGACCCGGGUUGUUCCCACCUGGAAGUUCAAGACAUCACCCCAAAAACAGAGGCAGACCCGGCAUCUUCCCACCUGGAGGUUGUGAACAUCACCCCUAACACAGAGGAAGACCCGGCUUCUCUCCACCUGAAUGUUGUGGACAUAACCCUUAAUACAGAGGCAGAUCCGGCUUCUCUCCACCUGAAUGUUGUGGACAUAACCCUUAAUACAGAGGCAGAUCCGGCUUCUUCCCACCUGAAUGUUGUGGACAUAACCCUUAAUACAGAGGCAGAUCCGGGUUCUUCCCACCUGGAGGUUCAAGACAUCACCCCAAAAACAGAGGCAGGCCCGGCUUCUUCCCACCUGGAGGUUGUGGACAUCACCCCUAACACAGAGGCAGAUCCGGCUUCUCUCCACCUGAAUGUUGUGGACAUAACCCUUAAUACAGAAGCAGAUCCGGCUUCUCUCCACCUGAAUGUUGUGGACAUAACCCUUAAUACAGAGGCAGAUCCGGCUUCUUCCCACCUCAAUGUUGUGGACAUAACCCCUAACACAGAGGCAGAGCCGGCUUCUUUCCACCUGAAUGUUGUGGACAUAACCCCUAACACAGAGGCAGAGCCGGCUUCUUUCCACCUGAAUAAUGUGGACAUAACCCCUAACACAGAGGCAGAGCCGGCUUCUUUCCACCUAAAUAUUGUGGACAUCACCCCUAAUACAGAGGCAGAGCCCAUCUCUUCCCUCUUGGAGGUUGUGGACGUCACACCUGAAGAAAGGACUCUCACGAUGGCCGUCUUCACCACUCUGCCAGCUGACAUCCAAGCAGAGGAUGUUGCUGUGGUCAUCCCGGAUGUCACCCCACACGUAACCAAGGACGUGACACUGGAUGUUCCAUGUAGAGCUAGGAAAGGGGCAGUCCGGCGAUUAUUUUGCAGGCUUUGGAGGGCAGUGUGCUGCUGCGCCUGCUACAAGGAAGAGGAGGAACAAUAUUAAUUAUUCAUCAGACAUUCAGAAGUGGGAUUGAACCAUAGACCAUUAAAUUAUUCGCAUUAUAA